AUGCCGUUCAGCAUCCGGCGGCUGACGCUGCAGCGCAGCCUGUCGGGCGGCGAGCGGCCAAAGAGCGAACCACCGGGCCGGGCUGCCAUCAAGAAGUCCGCCUCACAGGACGAGGCCCGCGCAGCCAGGGCGCUCCCCUCGUCGCGUUCCGCCGACCAGGGGGACCUCAGGCGGCUGCAGGCGCUCGGCCAGGUGCCCUCACCAGCACAGGGAUCGCCGCUGCAACACCACGAGCCGGCUCCGCCGCAGCAGCAGCCUCCCGAGCCGCCUGCCCGCAAUUGGUCCCCGCAAAUGACGUCGGCCGGUGGCGGCCGCUACCCGACGCGGGCUGUGAGCGUAGACCGGGCCACCUCCUCAUCGUCGUCUCUGCUGUCCCGGUGGCGGCAGGUGGGCCGAUCUAAGAGCGCCAGCAUCUCCGAGCCUCGCGAGUACCCCCUAGACGACGGCAACGCCAAGCCCACGCCGCCGCCGCGACCUCCCCGGUCGGCCGCAUCCAGGCUGUCUGGUGAGCUGUCAUUCUAUAUGCUCGACUGA